CAAAUAUAAAAGGAUUUCCAAAUUUUCUCAACUUUUUCAAAUUUGGUAGACAAAGUCAGAAGUUUACCAUUGGGUAUAUAUAGGGUUUUGUUGGUGAAAUGAAAAGCUUUUUGAGUUGAACAUUUGAGCUCUAACUCAACAGAACUUAUUUGAAGAAGAUUGGAAUAUUUUGGUUUUUUUUUCCCAUCUUUUGGAUUGAAAAGGUGGUUAUGCUGUCUUCAAGUGAAGACCAAAUUGAUGCGUAUUAACAAACGUUCUGGGGAGUACUGAUAUUUCCCGUGUUCUGUGGUACUGGUUGUGUUUCUCUUAUAAACGAGUGUGAGCAAAUUUGUUGUAGUUGAUAAACCAAUAUGCCUAGUAAUUAUCUUUUUAGAGUAGGUGGUGCAUUGAGGCAGGGAAUCCGGAAAUCCAUUUCUGGGCAAGAAAGGGGGCUUCAAUUGGUGGAGAUUUUUUCUGAAGAGCGGUUGUUGUUCGGGAAGUCCUUCUGUUCUGUGUCAUCUGCAAGAUUGUCUGACCUGCAUGUGUUUGUAAGGCCUGGAGCUUUUGCUGCAGCACAGACAAAUUUGAAUAUAGUUAAUCAAAGAAAGAAUAUUUCUGUGAUCAGUGCUAUUCCUCAUGCAUUUGGGUUCAAGGGUUUUCACAGUUCUUCAGCUGCAUGUAUCUCUGCUGGUGCUGCUCCUGAUGUGUCCUUUGAUAACUCUCUGCAUGAGGUCCAACGUACAAGUUCAGCAAAUUCUUCUGAACAGAAAAUCCAUAUUGACAGAAGCCUGAAGCUUAAUUCAGGGUCGUCUUACCUGCCUCACCCUGAUAAAGAAGAAAAAGGUGGAGAGGAUGCUCAUUUUAUUUGCAUUGAUGAACAAGUAAUUGGCAUAGCUGAUGGUGUUGGUGGAUGGGCUGAUGUUGGUGUUGAUGCUGGAGAAUAUUCUCGAGAACUGAUGGCAAAUGCAGUAAUGGCAAUUCGUGAGGAACCAAAAGGUUCAGUAGAUCCAGCCAGGGUCCUGGAAAAAGCUUAUACACUCACAAGAGCCAAAGGGUCCUCAACUGCCUGCAUUAUUGCCCUUACAGAUCAGGGUCUCCAUGCCAUUAACUUAGGAGAUAGCGGAUUUAUGGUGAUUAGAGAUGGAUGUACUGUUUUAAAAUCCCCUGUGCAGCAGCAUGAUUUCAAUUUUACAUAUCAGCUGGAGAGUGGUGGUACUGGCGGUGAUUCACCAACUUCCGGGGAGGUGUUUAAAAUACCUGUUGCUCCGGGAGAUGUUAUCAUUGCUGGAACUGAUGGAUUGUUUGACAAUUUGUAUACCAGUGAUAUAACUGCAGUAGUGGUGCAUGCUAGGAGAGCUCACUUGCCACCUCAGGUUGUAGCUCAGAAGAUAGCUGCAUUGGCUCGGGAAAGAGCACUCGACAAAAACAGGCAAUCCCCUUUCUCCACUGCAGCCCAAGAUGCUGGCAUCCGUUUCUAUGGUGGGAAGUUGGAUGACGUAACAGUGGUGGUGUCUUAUAUAACCAGUGACAAAAAUGAGAAACUCACUUUCUGAUUACCCUCUGAAUCCUCUCGCACAAUGAACAGGAAAACUCCAACAGCUUGAAGAUUUAGUUAAAGAGAUUUUAUACUAUGUUGCUCAGACUCUUCAAAAAUGUGUAGUGUGCGUGCUGGAUUCUCCAAAAGUAGUGUACUUUUGAAGAAUCUGACACGGCUGCGGCAACAUAAGUGAAGAGUCCGCGCAACUUAGGUUGUUGUAUACCUAUAUCGACCAACAGUUUCGUCUUUGUGAAAUUCAAAUUGCUUGGCUUGGCAGUCAGUUUUGAUGCUUCAUGCGGCAUGGAUGAGUUCAGGCCUAGCCAUUUAAGUGUUUUUCCACAUGUAUAUAUUUUUUAUUUUGGUAAUUUACUGGUAAUAUUUUUGUACAUUUUGGAAUUGCCAUUAAGGCUAUACGAAACUUACAGCAUAUAUCUUCAUUCUUUAUUGGAAUUUUAAUUUGUGUCAA